GCUUGUGUUUACAGCUCGGCUGGAUGCUGUUGGCUGCUGAUGUUACUGGGAGAGUGCAAUGUUGUGCCAAACGCCAUUGGAAUAAAUACAACUGUGGGUAUAAAGGUGAUUUUGCUCAUCAUCUCCCACCACUUCCUCCUCCCGUCUUCCAUUCAUGAGCAGCGUGGCUGAGUUUAACUGCGGCAGCCAUGGAUGACAAGGGCUCGGUGGGGAAGAUUAGCGUGUCUUCGGACUCAGUGUCCACUCUCAACAGUGAGGACUUUGUCCUUGUGUCCCGGCUGGGGGACGAGACACCCUCCUCCACUAAUAAUGGUAGUGAUGACGAAAAGACAGGACUUAAGGUGAUUUCUGAGGAAGGGGUCAGCUUUAAGAUUGUGGGGAAUGGAAGUGAGCAGCAGCUCCAGAGGGAGUUAGAGGAUGUCCUCAUGGACCCAUCGGUAACCGACACCGGGCUCGGACCAGAGACAGGAAUGGACAGCCUUGGUGGGGGCGACCGUGGCCUUCUUCCCACUACAGCGUCACCUGUACCACCAGGCGCUGACCCUCUGAGCGCACCGCUACCCAAGUUGGAGAUGGUGCUUCCUGUUCAGACGGCUCAGGAGAGUGAGCUGAAUGAGAGGUCGUACCGAGCUGAUGAAUCAUCGUCAGAGGGCAGUCCUGGCAGUCCCAUUCCAGAUGAGGACAGUGUCGUGUUCAGCCAGCUGACAUAUCUGGGGUGUGCAUCAGUCAACGCCCCCCGCAGUGAGGUGGAGGCCCUACGUAUGAUGAGUAUCCUCAGAGGGCAGUGCCAACUCCCCCUGGAUGUUACACUGUCUGUGCCAGGCGUGUCUGAAGGCACUGUUAGGUUGUUGGACCCUCACAACAGCACCGAGAUUGCCAACUACCCUAUCUACAAGAUUCUGUUCUGUGUGCGGGGUCACGAUGGCACACCAGAGAGCGACUGUUUUGCCUUCACCGAGAGCCACUACAAUGCUGAGAUCUUCAGGAUCCAUGUGUUCCGCUGCCAAAUCCAAGAGGCGGUCAGUAGGAUACUGUACAGCUUUGCCACAGCGUUUCGGCGGUCAGCUAAGAAGGCAAUCCUGUCAUCUCAGCAGGCUGCUCCGCUCACCCCUGACAGUGACUUGUUUACCUUCACCGUCAGCCUGGAGAUCAAGGAGGAUGAUGGCAAGGGUACCUUCAGUGCUGUAGCAAAAGACAAGGACAAGCAGAGCUUCAAGCUGCGUGCAGGAAUGGACAAGAAGAUAGUAAUUUAUGUCCAGCAGACCUCCAAUAAGGAACUAGCCAUUGAGAGGUGUUUCGGUCUCUUGCUCAGCCCAGGGAAAAACGUGAAGAACAGCGACAUGCACCUGCUGGACCUGGAGUCAAUGGGAAAGAGCUCUGACGGGAAGUCUUACAUCAUCACAGGAAGCUGGAACCCCAACACGCCUCAGUUCCAGGCUGUGAAUGAGGAAACGCCCAAAGAUAAAUUCAUGUACAUGACGACAGCAGUAGACCUGGUGAUCACAGAGGUGGAGGAGCCGGUCCGUUUUCUGCUGGAGACCAGGGUCAGAGUGUGCUCCCCAAAUGACAGGCUGUUCUGGCCCUUCAGCAAGCGUAGCUACACUGAGACCUUCUACCUUAAACUACGCCAGAUGGAGCGCAAGGAGCGUAAGAGUCCUGCCUCUGACACACUUUAUGAGGUGGUGAGUUUGGAAAGUGAGACUGAGAGAGAGAAACGGAAGACCACUGCUAGUCCUGGCAUCCUGACCACCGGGCCUGGUACAAUGGUUCCUUCACCACCUGAGGAUGACGAAGAGGAAGAUAAUGACGAGCCGUUACUCAGUGGAUCAGGUGAUGUUUCCAAGGAGUGUGCUGAGAAGAUCCUGGAAACCUGGGGAGACUUGUUAUCCAAGUGGCAUAUGAACUUAUCAGUGCGACCCAGGCAGCUGCCAGCCUUGGUGCGGAGUGGCAUUCCUGAGGCUCUUCGUGGGGAAGUGUGGCAGCUCCUGGCAGGCUGCCAUAACAAUGAUCACCAGGUAGAAGAGUACCGCACUCUUAUAACGAAGGAGUCCCCCCAGGACAGUGCCAUCACCAGAGACAUUAACAGGACAUUUCCAGCUCAUGACUACUUCAAAGACACUGGAGGAGAUGGACAAGACUCCCUCUACAAGAUCUGCAAGGCGUACUCUGUUUACGAUGAGGAGAUUGGCUACUGCCAGGGACAGUCCUUCUUGGCUGCUGUGCUGCUGCUGCACAUGCCAGAGGAGCAAGCUUUCAGCGUUCUGGUCAAGAUCAUGUUUGAUUAUGGUCUCAGGGACCUUUUCAAGCAGAACUUUGAAGACCUGCAUUGCAAGUUCUUCCAACUUGAGAGACUCAUGCAGGAAUACAUACCAGACCUGUACAACCAUUUCCUGAACGUGGGUCUGGAGGCUCACAUGUACGCCUCUCAGUGGUUCCUCACACUCUUCACAGCCAAGUUCCCUCUUUACAUGGUCUUCCAUAUCAUUGACCUGCUACUGUGUGAGGGCAUCAGUGUGAUCUUCAAUGUAGCCUUGGCACUUCUGAAGACCUCAAAAGAUGAUCUGAUCCAAGCAGACUUCGAGGGUGCACUCAAAUUCUUUCGUGUCCCGGUUCCAAAGAGGUACCGCUCUGAGGAAAAUGCGAAGAAACUGAUGGAGCUGGCCUGUAGCAUGAAGAUCAGCCAGAAGAAGCUGAAGAAAUUUGAGAGGGAGUACCACGCCAUCAGGGAGCAGCAGGAGCAGCAGGAGGCCCCCAUUGAGAGAUACGAGCGGGAGAACCGUCGUUUGCAAGAGGCUAACAUGCGUUUGGAGCAAGAGAAUGACGACCUGGCACAUGAACUGGUCAGCAGCAAGAUAGCUCUGCGCAAAGACCUUGACAACGCUGAGGAAAAGGCAGACGCCCUGAAUAAAGAGUUGCUGCUGACCAAACAGAAACUGGUGGACUCUGAGGACGAGAAGAGACGACUGGAGGAAGAGUCUGCACAGCUGAAGGAGAUGUGCAGACGAGAGCUCGAUAAGUCUGAAUCAGAGAUUAAGAAGAACGGCUCCAUUAUUGGAGAAUAUAAGCAGAUCUGCUCCCAGCUGAGCGAACGACUGGAGAAACAACAGACAGCCACCCGAGGAGAACUGGAGAAAAUCCGGGCCAAAGUGGAAGGUUGUGAGAAGUGCAGCAGCCUUUUCAACAAAGAGGGUCGUGUGCGGGCCGCUGUGACCACGGCGCCUGCUGGAGGGACUGAGGAGACCGAUGAGGAGAAGGAGGGUCUGAAGAACCAGCUGAGAGAGAUGGAGCUGGAACUGGCCCAGACCAAACUGCAGCUGGUGGAAGCUGAGUGUAAAAUCCAGGACCUGGAGCACCACCUGGGUCUCGCCCUCAACGAGGUGCAGGCCGCCAAGAAGACCUGGUUCAACCGAACGCUCAGCUCCAUCAAAACCGUCACUGGGACCCAGGGCAAGGAGACCACCUAACCUGAUAACCCCCCCCCCCCCCCCCCCCCCAUCCACUCAGUUUUACCCAGACCGUGUCUGGAGCUCUGUGCAACUCACCACACUGAAACCUCUGGACCCCUAAACUUAACCCACUGGGCCAUAACUUUAACUUGAACACUGACCGUUAAAACCCAGGAUGACCAUUACUACAGACUGUGUUACUUAUCAAAAAUGUCCUUGUGUCUCCCUGUUCCCACGCCUACUGAUCUAAUCACCCCCACCCGUCUCUUUCCCUCUUCACCCCGAAUGACUACAGCCAACUGUGCUGAUGAGAGGGGGCUGAAAAACAUAGGAUGAAGUACAACGGUACCACUUUCCCCAGAGAAACGAUGUGCUUCCACCGGUCACAGAAAGAAAAGCGUAAAAAAAACAAAAAGGAAAAUGCUUCAUUGAUUUCUGUCUUUGUACUGCUGAUAUUAAAGACCGGCAGAAGGAAGGUAGGACACCUGGACUGUUAGCUGUCCUGAUGGGAUAGAGAGGAAAACACUCCAUCCUUCCUUACUCUUCUGCGUGCUCCCCUCCAAACUACUGGCACAAACCGACCAGUCCCUGUUAAAUUUUUGUUUUAGGUACGAGAGCUAAUAUACGCCUUUUUGAAACUGAGCUUUUUCUAAUUUACGUUGAACAAUACCUUUCUUUUUCUAUGUAUGUACAUGAAUGUGCUUAUGUAAAGCGGAUACGAGCGUGUGUGUGUGUGUGUGAGUGUGCGUGUGUGUAAGUGUGCACGUUUUUUGUUUUGUGUUGACUCUGAGGUAUACAUGCUCGUGUGUGAGGCUGGGAGAAAAGAAACGUGUUUGAAUGCGUAAAUAAUUGACUGAAAUAAUGUUAAGCUGUGUGUAAAAGAGAAAGAGAAGCCUAAGGGAAAAAAAAGCACUAAAGUUAUGAGUGUGUGCAUGCAUGUAAGGGAAAACAGUUUUUCCUGGUUGUCUAGUUUCCUUAAAUGUCCAAAUGUG